AUGGUACUGCCACUGCGGAGGCUAGAGGACAUGGCUAUGGGCGAGUCCAUGGACAUUGUUGUAGAAGUUUUGACCUUACGAGAGGGACAUACGUUGGUUCGGGACCUGUGGUUUGGAUGCCAGUGUCGCAUUCUUGAAGUUCUGGAGCCAGGAGUCUGGACAUUGUAUGGUUACAUUGUCUCAGCAGAAAUGGGGACAUGUUUGAGGCCGUGCACUGGUUCCAAGAAAUUUCGCAAGCCGAGUGACCCUAAGUCGAGGGAGAUUCACAUCAAGGAGCUUUGCGUAGGAAUCGGUGGCUUCUCGGCAGGGGCAUACGUAUCGGGCUUUCGUACUCUUGCCUUUCUGGACCAUUGUGACAUUGCAUGUGCCACAAUUUCUGACAAUGGGGGUCGGGCGUUGAAGGCAGACAUUGCUGCAAGAGAGUCAAGAAUCGCUUUGCACGAGAUUGACCCGGACAAGGCAUGCAUGAUUACGGCGGGGUUCCCUUGUCAGCCGUUCAGCCGACAGGGAGAUGGACGUGGAUUCCUUGACGAGCGGGCACACACGCUCACACAUGUGUUGCUCGCAAUCUGGUUUCUGCAGCCUGAAGGGGCGGUUCUAGAGUGUGUUGUGGAAGCAGAGAGACACCCCUUAGUCCGCACCAUGUUGGCAGAGCUGGUAGGUAAGCUUGGCUGGCGUCAGCAUCACCUUGUCUUGGAGCUGUCGGACCAGUGGCCAUGCAGGCGCUCAAGAUGGUGGUGCCUACUUGUGCCAGCGGACACCCCCUUUCAGCUCGAGGCCUGGCCCAGACAGGCCACGACGCCAUGCAUUGCAGAUGUGAUCAGUGAGUGGCCCAGCUGGGAAGCCCAAGCAAUUGAGCAACUCCAGUGGGACGAGGAGGAGACCAAGCAUUUCCUUGACCCAGCACUAGGCUUGCUCAAUGGCCUUAGUGUCAGGUUUGUGCACCAGCCUGACCUUCGUGCGGCAUUGCGUCUCAUCGGCCAAAUAGCAUCACCGAUCCAAUCUUGCUGGAUAUUUGCACAGGUCAGACAGUUCAGGGAGCUUCGUCACGGGCUCGAACCCUUGGAAGGGCCGAUGCAAGCGCUUGACCGCCUGAAGAACAAACUGCUCCAAGAACGAGAGGACUGUUGGAAGUUGCCAUCCAUGGGCAUUCCCAGGGAACUGACGUUCCUGCAGCUAGGUAACUGCAUAAAGGUCAAGGUGACAGGUGCCGUGCAGGUCAAAGAGGUGGUUCGUGCAGAGAAGCAAUUGCAGGGCCCGGGGUCCAAUAUCAGGAUCCAAGCAGGCUCACGUGUCUUAGGCGAGGAUGCUUACCUGCAUGCACAGCCCUCAGAGCCAUAUGUCCUGUGCGUCAGCCCCAAGAAGCAGCGCCCUGUGUCAGAGCAUUGCCAUGUGCUCGUAUGCGUCCCGGGAGGGGCGAUUCAACUCAGCCUUGCCCAAGGUGCCCUGCCAUGCCAGGUACUCAGCCUCGCAGGUCUGCAAGGAGACAGGCAGCUCAGGUUUGCCAGCACGCAAGAAGCGGUUCCCAGGCACUGUCGUCUAUUCGGGCGCCACCUUCUGGAUGCCAGACCGCUGCAGCAGAUAAGUUGUGAGCCAGAUGAAUUGACGGACUGUCAAAUUGCCAGCUUUCUGCAAGUCAUUGCCAGACUUCUGCCGGAAGGACAUGCGGUGCUUUUGCCCCGCACUGCUUCCCUCCUCACGUGCCUACAGGCCUCAGGUGCAUUGCAGUGCAUGUCAGGCAUUGAGGUUGCAGGCGCCACGAGGUUGCACAUCAUUGCAGAAGCAAAUGCCCACUGGUACUUGUUGUCCGUUGACUGGGAGACAGGUGCAGCAGUUCAUUGGGAUCCAGCGCCGGAGCGCACACAAGCAGAGGCAAGCGCUUUGCUUGCCGUCCUGCGGGACCAGGCCAUUGGUCUUUCUGAUGGACAAGCCCUGCACUGUGGAGCUGGAGCACUCAGCCCUGAGGCAAAGGUUGCAUUAUCUGAACUUCUUAUUUCCAAGGGCGUCCCGGCAGACCGUGUAGGUGAAAGGGUUGCAGAGGCUACAAGUAAAGUUGGUACCAGCAAGAUUGAGGAAGGCCUGAGGGCCUCCAAGCCGUGGGCUGUCCUCAAAUCACUUGCCUCAAGCCUGGCACAGCCUUUCCGCUGGAUCAAGGCAGAAGAACUUGAAGCUCAAAUCCGGGCGCGUGCCGAUAACAAGUUUGGGACUGCAGCAUCAGAGGCCAAAAGCCACAAGCUCAAGCCAAGCAAAGGUGCCAAGCAAAAGGGUGUCCCACAACUUGACCCCAGGCACCUUGAGUUGAUCGAGGGUGCAUUCAUCACCGGAGACGGUACCACUGUCCCGAGUCUGAGCUUCGAGGACGUCGAGGCAAAUGCACAUGGGGUGGCAGUAUGCUCUCCUGCCCAAGCAUUGCCUUUCAUGGAAGAUGAUGCCUCAAUCAGUGUGGAGCCUCUUGCUUUAGUUUCAACAGCCCCGAUCGGAGGCCUGGAUCAGGCAUGUAAGCGAGCUCAAGAGCUUCGGUUCCCUGCAAUAUAUGGGCCUACUUCGGAACCCAUUCUGGUUGCAGGCACGUUGAUACAGCUGGGAGAUACCCAGGUAAGGACAGCUGCAGGAAACACGAGUGCAGAUCAGGUCAGCACAGGUGUCAUCAAAGUCACAGUCUAUAAAGACCAAUGGGGCGGCGACUGGGACUCCUUUCUGCAAGCGCCAGUCAAAUCUCUCAUGCAGCAGGUCCCCCUACUCAAUCUGUGUAAGGGGCAGGGUUGUGGAACUAAUUGCGCCAAGUUCCACGCCUCGAUCGAUGAAGCUCCAGACACAGUCAUCCAUGAAGUGUGGGCCCGCAAGUACCAACUAGACAAUGGUACCAAGGCCACUGCAGCACAGGCAACUUCCUUUCAGGUUUUCCUAAGGGUCCCUGCCUCAGCCGUCAAUGGACUCCAACAGAUCUCCACUCCAGGGGUUUAUGUAGAGCCACGUGAAGCCGGAAAUGCAACAGGCCCCAGCAGGGAGUUCGCAGUAAUAUGGUUGCCGGGCAUGGAUUACCAGGCAGCACUCCACUGCAAGCGCAAAACGGAUAAAGUGUUGGCUUUGACCCGGCUUGGGGGCAAAUACGGAGUCAGAGUUAAGGCCACUGAAGAGGAAGCCGCCUUCAAAGUCCUGAGGCCUGAACAUGCCUACUCCCGGGUACGUGUUGCUGCCCGUUACAAGCUGCAUCCACUGCCGCAUGGGCUUACCAGACAGGGCCUCCAGCAAUUGUUGGACUCAUGGAAUUGGUCAGCCAAACCAUUGGCGCCAACGAGAGGAGAUGCCACAGGUUGUGCUUGGGAGAUUGGGACUGAAUGCCCACCGCCAUCGGCAGCCUUAGCCACGAGCUCUGGGUUUGUCCUUCCGGUGCAGAUAAGCAGUCCCGUUACUCCCCCUUUGCCCCUACCCGUGUUGGCCUCCAGCAAGACGCGCAAACACAUUCAUGCAGGCUCCGCCAGCUCAAGCAGCACAGGCGAGGACCCGUGGGCCAACGGCCAGGAUCCAUGGGCGAAGUACCGCAGAGGACAGCCCGAAGUGCCUAAGGCCACAGCAGGUGCAGCAUCCAAAAUCAAAGAGGUCCAGCAGCAACUCAAGCAGGAGGUAGACGACGCAGUCCAAUCUUCUUUGGCCGAACGCAGGGCGUUGGAUGAAGCCACAGAACACAGGUUCCAAAAGCUGGAGACAGGUCUGACCGAGUUACGGGCUCAGGGCCAGAAAUUUGAGAAUUGGUUCAGUGAAGCCGGAAAGCGCAUGGACCAACAAGCCGGUGAGGUGCACUCCCUUCAGCAAGCAGUACAAAGCCAAAGGCAGGAAAUUGGACAAUUGCAUGGCCAGAUUGCCACGCAGGGGGAGGUCAUGAGUAACACGGUAUCACAGGCCGUGGUCACCAUGCGCAACGACCUCAACACGCAAUUGAGUACACAGCUCACGGCACAGAUGGAACAAAUUCAGGCGCUGCUAUCUAAAAAGCAGCGAGAUGGGAGAAGCCGCUCGUGA